AUGAAAUCAACAUCACUAACACUGGAACAACGGUCAACAUCUUCACUUCCGACACUUGUUUCUUCAGAUGCUGCUACAAACCGCUUGAAAGAUAAUUCAUCGAUUAGUUCAAGACCAUUCAGUGAAUUAGCUAAAGAAAAAUUGACUUCUGACAAAAUAUUAAAUAGACAGAUGUCUGCUGAUGAUACCAGGACACAAAUACCGCUUGAACCAAGUGUUCUUGUUCGUGAAGUGAAGCAGCAGUCAUUUCGAAAUUCAUCUCUCACCGAUGAAUCAGAUUCAGCUUGUGCUUUGAAAGAAGAACCUUUCAAUUCGACAAGUCCUUCGGCAACAUCUUCUAUCCCUGUGUGCCAGACGGAUAGCUCAUACGAUAGUCAUGAUUUACAAGCUCCACUAUUUGAGCAGACGAUAUCUAGUUGUGAUCCAUCAACGUCAACAACUACUGUUACAUUAGGAAAUUUGCAAACAGAACGAAGUUUCAUGCGUUUCGGUGGACGAUUGUUUUCACGACCAAUUGAUAUUAUAUCUUUACCCAAUAUUUUUACCAAAAAACAACUGCUGGCUGUAUCUGAUAGUUGUGGAGGUGUAUAUAUAGUGACAUGUAAAGGAGAAGUGUUGCAACAUUUGCCAAUACGGGACUGUUCGGCAUCAUCACUGACCAUUGAUCCGACAAAUUGGCAUCUUCUAGUUAGCGUGAUGCAUAGCAAAGGACGAAGCAUACAUGUAUUUGAUAUUACAGAUCGUUUCAAAAAAGUUGAGGUAAUUCCUUGUCCUAGAGAACCAAAGAUUGAGUUGAGCAGGACGAGAUGGAUAACAGUGAGUCCACGUGGUGAAUUAUUUGCAGUUUCCGGAGACAAUCAUCGAUCAGCAAUAUGGAUGUAUAAUCAAUCCAGAAAGGGAUGGAAGAUCUUAAAGGAAUCGAGAAAAACUCGAUAUCAAUAUCUUCGAGUGGCCGAAGAUCAAGCUGAAUACAAAGCUGUAGUACUACUAACAUGUGACGCAGCUCAAAACCGUAUAUUACUGUUCGUAGUGGAUCAUACUGGUACAUUAAUCAACGAAUAUGAUUUAACGAAAACAUACAAACUCUAUGAAUAUAUAAAAAAUCCAGCUAGUGCUGUUGUCGAUUCACUUGGAAAUUUGUUGGUUCUUGACUAUGCUACUAGUCGUUUAUGGGCAUUAUUGGGCAGUACGAAAGGAAUGCGUCAUAUAAAAGAAAUUGUUAUUCCUAUCGCAUUGGGUCCCCAAGAAGCUCUUGGAAUUACUGUUCAUGAUGACUGGAUUUACAUAACUUGUUUUGCCCGUCGGGAAGUUAUUUGCUUGAAGUAUUUGAUGAAUGGCGUAUUAGCAUCAUCAUGUAGCACAAGCACUUUGGGAACGCCGAAAUCAGAUCGAAGAGCUAUUUCGCUACCAAGACCAACAAUGAAACCAAAUCAAGUUUAA